GGAGCGUCUACACUCUCGUUAUGAAAUAAGAAACAACCUUCUCUGCUUUCCCUCUUCUUGUUUCUUGCUCUUACAACUCCCUGUUUCCUUCGUGCUUUCGUUUAACCGAUCGCUUCCAAGCGUUUUGCAGCGUCUCAACUUUCGUUUCAUCGCCUUUCACCUCUUUACCAUUAACGCAUCUUUCUGUGCCCGGACAGCAAACUCUCUUUUUAUCUGCUUGGGAAUCAUGCUUGUGACCGACACCACGGACACCAGGAACGGCGGUACGGACCCCAGCAAUGACAGCGUCAAUCCUGAUGGCAAUACCACCAAUGUGGACGAGGGCGAGGAUGCCACUGCUACUGCGCCAGCCACUCAGCUUCCUAUUCCACCCGCUACUCCGUCUGCACCUUGUCAAGGUCUUCCAACUGUUCAUUCCGAGUCCCCUUGUCGUUAUACCCCAACGAUGCCUCGUCACAAUCGUGUCGCCUCUGCUGGUCUUCGUAUCACCAUUCCUGACGACAGCGAUUAUUACACUUAUGCUCUUUGUCGCCCACCUGGCUGUGUUUAUCCUAUCUCCAUGCCCACGGGUCCAGAGUUCUUCCAGUUUAUUCCGGGACCUAUGCUCCCAUACCAAGGUUUCCAAUACUCAAUUCCUCAUGUCGGCGUCAUCCCAGGAUCUAUUCCCCCUGAUGGAUCUAUUCAUCCCAUCGCUGCGCCUACGGACUCAGUGUCCCCUCUUUCUCUACCGGAACCUAUGCUUCCACACUCAGUUCCUUAUAUCGGUUCUAUGCUUCCUGCUGGAUCUAUACUCGUUACAAUGGAUGACACGUCGAUAAUCAUACCCGCGUCACCAUUUUCACAGGGUAUCGUGCUGGGCUCCACACUAUGGAUGGCGAUGUUGAACUUCCCACAAGCUCCUCUUGCCAGCUCGGACUUUGCCACUUUUUCGCAAUCCCAGGCGGUUCCUCCGGUCCAGGAUGAUUCGUCUUCUCAGCGGCAACCGAAUGAACAUGUCUCACCCCCAGAACAGCGAGCAUAUAAACCCCAGCAUACCGCUCCAAAGCGAAAAUUCAGCUUUGUUGAGCCUAUAGUAACACCGGAUUUUGUGGCAAACCCCGAUAAUCACGGCAGAUGGGAGGUUGACGAUUAUGGCAGGUGGUAUCUCUUAAAUGUGUCGAGCAAUAAAAAACGACGUAUUCGAUAGCAGGCUGGACUGCAAGCCGGGUUUCUUUACCUUCUUUUCGGAAUCAUGAUACGGACUUUUAUUGCAUUGUUCUUUAUUGGGAUUAGAUUUCUUCUGGCUCGGUUCAUUUUAGGUACUUGUUACUAUACAAGGCGUUCAAGGGUUGGGAAAAUGCCGGUCGUUAGCUAGUUAUCCUGGGGCUGUGGCGGCAUUGGUUCUGGUGUUUUAUGUUUUCUGUUUAAAAGAGGAAAGAAAUGAUGGUCAUUAAAUAAAUUUAGAUAGCUUAGAUAGAUCACUACAAUCGAAGCAGGGCUUCAAGUCAAUUCACAGGCAUCUUCCAUGGAAAUUCAAGUGCAUCCCUAGCCAAGUCACACAACUAUGCAAGCAUGAAUGGCAAUCCCCGAAUUAGAAAAGAAGACU